AUGUAUAAUGGAUUAAAAAUAUAUGGGUAAUUUGAAAUAAAUUUGAAAAAUGAAAAAGAACAGAAAGAGAAAGAGCUAGAAUAAGCAAAAAAAUACUAAAGAAAAAUGUUUCAGCCACCUAGAAUGACAAACUUAGAUAAUGGAUAAAGAUCAAUUUCAAAAUUUGUAAAGAUUAAUUUAUAUACUUAGCAUUAUAUUUUUUAGAUAAAGAAAAUAUAUAGAGAACAGGAAAUAAACGGCUCUGAAUUAGAAAGGUGA